AAAUGUCAAACGAUGUUUCACUCUUGUCAUUUUUCAUUUCCUUUUUGAUUAGUGGACCGUCCUAUUCAUAGUUUUUGUGAUUGUUACAAUAAAUAAAGAGUUAUGAUGGCUGAAGAUACGACAGCCGACGCGACGAGGCGACUGAAUGUGAAGAAGCAGACCCUGGACGAUGCCUACGCGGCACCGGCUAACUUCCUAGAAAUCGACGUUGUGAACCCAGUCACGACCAUGGGAGUAGGGAAGAAACGUUACACGGAUUACGAAGUUCGCAUGAGGACGAACCUUCCAGUGUUUAAAGUUAAAGAAUCAAGCGUCAGACGGCGGUACAGCGAUUUCGAAUGGCUUAGAAACGAAUUGGAGAGGGAUAGUAAGAUUGUCGUACCACCACUACCAGGCAAGGCUCUCAAAAGACAGCUACCAUUCCGCGGAGACGAUGGAAUUUUCGAAGAGGAAUUUAUUGAAGACCGUAGAAAAGGUCUAGAAGUAUUCAUCAACAAGAUAGCUGGCCAUCCACUGGCGCAAAAUGAGCGGUGCCUUCACAUGUUUCUGCAGGAGCCCAACAUAGACAAGAGCUACGUGCCCGGGAAGAUACGGAACACAUAAUAGACAAUACCGGAACACGAUGCGAGCUUCGAACUUUAAAACCAUCCUCCUUGUGUGUGACCGUUCAUUGGCCUAUAACCAAAAAGGAGGUUCCAAACUCGUGUUUUUUUAAUCUGUCCUUGUUAAACGUGAUGUUGUUAAUGUGUUAAAAACGUUGCAUGUGUGCGUUCGUAAUUACAAAUUCACGCACACAUUGACCAUGAGUGUGACCGCUAAUACUGCAUAUGUAUGUCUUCACAUCGGCAAGGACUUGGUAACACAGAUUCUUUCUAAAUAAUGUGUAAAUUGUAUCCGAUUGCUACAAACUGGCGAAUUGAAAAUCUUGUAAAGAAUUGAAAUGUUAGUACAGUUUUGUGAGAUAGUAUAUCAUAUCAAUGGACGUAUAAAUAGGCCUGUCUGGUACAGGGAGAUAAAGUGUCUGUGUUGCAUCAAUGUGUUCGGUAGUAGUACGUCAGCUAUGAGACAAGGUGGUGAGUUGGUACAUAGGCCGGUUGCAACAAGCGAGUAGUUUUAAAGUUCCUCUCCGAAUGUUAUUGCAGUUGUGACAAAUAUCUGACCCUGCCUUCUAGUUUUUGUUACGAACACAAUAUGCAAUAAUCUUCAGUGAUUACAAAUAAAAAGAAACUAAUGCUAUCUUUUGAGACAACAGAUAAUACAGCACAGCAUUCCACAGAUUAUAUUUUAUAAAAAGAAAGUAAUGCUCUUCAUUUAUUUUAAUGAAACACAGAAAGACUCGAUAUGCAUAAUGUUUCACAGAUUUAAAUGUAUUAGAACAAAAAUAAGUUAUUGUUUAAAUUAUUAAGCAAUAUAAUUGGUAUUGUUGAAAUUAUUCGUAUAACGAUCAAGCUCAUCAGUUGGUCACGUUGUUUCGUGGUAUGCCAUGUAUAUUUCGACAUGUAAUGCAUUAUAAAUCUCAUUAUUUUAAUAUCUUAUUCAUUUUUAUAAUUUCGUUAAGGAAAUUGAUUGUAUUUAUUGUGUGUUACUCUAUGGGUAGAUGUAAAGCGUUAACGGCUGAACAGUUUUGAAUGAAAUUGUAAUGCCCCGUUAGUGCGUUGAAAGAGCGAAAGUUAAAAGUAAUCUGAAUAACAUAGGUAAAUUAGGUAUAGUUUAAAAACGUGUUUCUUUAUUUACAGGGGUGAACUGGAGUUUGGCAAUAUUAUUUAUAGAAAUCAAAUAAUGUUUUCAAAUAAGAAUUGACACUGAGUCCUUGGUGUACAAAAAAUAAGAAAAAAAUCUAGCUUUAUAUCACUAGCUAUAAAGUGUGUCCAUCACUAGAUAAUAAUCGUCUGUUUAGUUACACAGAAGUAUAAUUUACAUGUAUUUUCGUUGUACACCAAAUAAAUUGGAAUACAAUGUAUUAUGUCUAUCGUAUUAGGAUAAAUAAAUUUGCUAUCAUGUCA